AUGCCUCCAAACAAUAAAUUAAAUGCAAAAAGAUGUUUAGAAAACAUAAAAAGCAAGGAAGAUCAAUUAAAUUUACAAUGUGAAGUUUGCCAGGAAAUAAACAGCUUUACAGUCAAGGUAGAUUCUUUCGAAAUGCCAAAAAUUUUGGUAUUUUAUGUAACUGAUACAUCGAGUAAGAAUAGAAAGCCUGAGACAGAAAUAAAUUUCCAGGAAAGUGACUAUAAAUUAUAUGCUGUAAUAUGCUAUUAUAAAGCUGAGCAAUGCAGCCACUAUAUUGCUUAUACUUGUGAGGAUGAAAAAUGGUAUCAGUUUAACGACGCUUUUGUGACAGAAGAUCUUCCUGACUAUGAUCAUGCUUAUAUGCUUUUUUAUUCAAAAUUAGGUAAUUCUAUAUAA